GGUUUAUAAAAUGGUGAUGUUGAGGAAACUUUGCAACGUGAUCCAUGAGUUGAAGCCAGUGUUGUUGAUGGUGGCGGUUCAGACGACUUUCGCCGGAGUUAAUGUGCUGUACAAAUUGGCGGAUAACGACGGCAUGAAACUUCCGAUUCUUGUUGCUUAUCGGUUCAUCUUCUCCACUGCAUUCAUCGUUCCGCUUGCAAUUUUUGUUGAAAGGAAGAAAAGGCCGAAAUUGACAUUGAUGGUGCUCUUGCAAGGUUUUGGUUGUGGUCUAUUUGGAGGUGCGUUGUCACAAAAUCUAUACGUAAAGGCCUUGUCCUUGACGUCAGCUACGUUUGUCUCAUCCAUCAACAAUCUCAUCCCCGCAAUCACCUUUCUUUUAGCGGUUUGCUUCAGGAUGGAAAGGUUGGGUUGGAACACAAGCCAUGGUGCAGCCAAGAUUAUGGGGACUGUGUUAGGGGUGGGUGGUGCCAUGUUGUUGACUUUUUACAAGGGAGCUGACCUGAACUUGUGGAAGACCAAUGUUGACCUUUCGCAUGGUCAAAGACAUGCAGGAGGUGGUCAAAACUCCAGCAGUAAUAUGGGGUUGGGUUCUAUAUUGGUUAUUGGUAGCUGCACCAGUUACUCCAUCUGGUUGAUUAUUCAGGCAAAUAUGGUUAAAAAAUACCCUUGCCCUUAUUCGGUCACGGCUCUCACGUCGAUCAUGGGUGCAGUUCAAGCGACUGUGUUUGGCCUAUGCACUAAUCGACAUUGGAGAGAUUGGAAGCUGGGUUGGAACGUUAGACUUCUAACAGUGGCUUAUUCGGGCAUGUUGGCGUCUGGAUUGAUUUAUAUGUUUAUCACAUUAUGUGUGCAAAUGAGAGGUCCAUUAUUUGUAUCGGCUUUCAAUCCACUUAUGCUUAUUCUUGUGGCGAUCGCUGGAUCUUUAGUCUUGAAUGAAAGGCUACACUUGGGAAGUGUAUUGGGUGCAAUAUUGAUAGUCUUGGGUCUCUAUAUUGUAUUGUGGGGUAAAAACAAAGAGGUGAAGAAGGUGGCUCAGUUGUGUCCAGUAAGAGAGACUAUCAAAGAACUCGACAAUGGUGCCAUCGUUGGUGAAUCAGAAUCGAGUUUUGGAGUCGGUGAUGGGGAAUCAAAACAUUUAAGUGUGCAAAGCGGCAAUGAUGAAUCAAGACGCAUCGUUGUCACUUCAUUAGUGUGA